AUGACACUUGUGUGUGUAUGGACUUUACACACUGUACGACUCUAAAGGAAGACGUUUAAUUGAAAAUAAAUUUGUUCCACGAUGCUGAAGCUCGGGUUCGUGUGUGUGAGAAACACUCUGUGUGCUGUGAAUGCCGUGGAGCUGGUGGUGGGCGUGUCCCUCAUUGCAGCGGCUGCUUAUGGGAGGAGUUUUGGCAUCGUGUGGAGUUUGAGCAUCAUCAGUGUGGUGAUGGUGGUGGGACUGUUCCUCAUCUUCGUCUCCACGCUGGGGCUCGUCGGAGCUCUGAGACAAAACCAGAUGGUCCUGUUCACUUACAUCCUGGCGAUGAUGUUCGUGUUUGUCUUCCAGUUCGCUGUGUCGUGUUCCUGUCUCACUUUAGGGAAAGAAAAACAGGAGAAGUUACUCAGCAUGUCGUGGGAGAUGAUGAGGAAUGAAACGCGUCGGUCUCUGGAGCAGCAGCUGGAUUGUUGUGGUCUGAUCAACAGUGCUGAAAAGCAGCACGUGUUCCGUACAGAUGUGAACCUGUGCACUGCUGCGUGUAAAAGAACAGCUCAGUGCUUCACAUGUGGAGAUUUGAUGCUUCAGUGCGCUGCAGAGACGCUCAGCUUCCUGGGUGGAGUCGGAUUAUUCUGCAGUUUCUCACAGCUCGUGACCAUGUGGUUGACUGUUCAGUACAGGAACCAGAAGCCGCCUCAGCUCAGCUCCAGAACAGCGGGAUUUUAAUUCUACAUUUAUACUGCGCUCAUUUUGGGGCUUUAUUUUUAUUAAUAUUUUAAUUUCUUUGUUUAAAAGAAAAAUCACCUGAAAUCUGCUCUAUAAAGUUUGUUGUGAUUGUUGUUCAUUAUUAAUUAUCCUAAGUUUCUGUAAUUCCUGAUUUUCUCAUUAAAUCCUAAAUAAUAAAAUAAAAUGUAAACGUGCAGCAGGAUUCAGAUCUAAAGGACGAACAUUUAAAAUUA